AUAAUAAUUGGUGAGUGUGCGGCGGUGCACCGCCACCUUCACGCCGCCGGUACCGAUAGCAGGAAGCUCGGCCGAGCAUAAGCGACCGAGAAGCCGGGAGACGACGGGGAAAACGCCCGGCCGUUUCUUCUACGAAAGUGUCCACCUCGACGGGAGCUACGUGACCUGGAAACAAAACGACAGCAUGGAGCGCUGCGACAAAGAAAUGGAGUCCGGAGAGAUCCUGCCUGUGGUGAUUAUUGGCAACGGCCCAUCAGGGAUCUGCCUGUCCUACCUGUUGUCGGGCUACACCCCCUACCUGUCGCCUGAGGCGUCGCACCCCAACCCCCUGCUGCACAGCAAGCUGGCCGAGCAGCCCGGCCUGUCGCUGCUGGAGCAGGACCUGGAGUACCUGUGCGAGGGUCUGCAGGGACGCUCGUCCAACCCAGUGGCCGUCCUCUUCGACUCGCUGCUGCUCCCCGACAGCGACUUCGGGAUGGAGCACACGUCUCCGCUGGAGUGGCGCUACGAGCCCGAGCGUGCCGUGCCGCACUUGGUCCUGGGGAAGGGUCCGCCGGGAGGAGCCUGGCAUGCCAUGGAAGGUUCCAUGCUCACGCUGAGCUUGGCCAACUGGAUGGAGCUGCCAGGACUCAAACUGAAGGACUGGAUGAAAGACAAGCGCAGGAACGUGCGUAACGACCGCGCCACGCCAGCAGAGAUCGCCUCCUACUACCAGCACUACGUCUCCCAGAUGUCCCUGGAGGACAACUUUGCCUGCAGGACCGUUGUUACCUCGGUAACCAGGCACCCCGGCAACCAGGAGGGGUCGCCUCCCUGCUGGAGAGUGAAGGGACUCCAGUGCCGCGAGGGGGCGGAGCUUGGAGAUGCGUCCACAUCAGAGAAGGUGCCUUUCUCCCUACUGGCCCACAACGUGGUCCUGGCCACCGGGACUCACGACAUCCCGGCCAGACUUGGCGUGGAGGGCGAGUCCCUGCCUUACGUCUGCCACUCCUUCUGGGAGCUGGAGGCCGCCAUCUCCCGCGGCGAGCUGGACCAGUCCUCGGACCCGGUGCUGGUGGUGGGGGCGGGCCUCACGGCGGCCGACGCCGUGCUGGCGGCCCACCACCUCAGCACGCCUGUCUACCACGUCUUCCGACGCUCUGUGACCGACCCCGGCCUCAUCUUCAAUCAGCUACCCAAGAUGCUCUACCCGGAAUACCACAAGGUGCACCAGAUGAUGAUGCAACAGCAACACCAAGAAGGUUCUCCCCCUCAGCACCACCUCCAGAGCUCCUCCCCCCCGCCCUCCUCGCCCUACGCCGGCUACCUGUGCUUCCCCCGCCACCGGGUGGCCGCCUUCCGCCCCGACCGCAAGUGCGUGCUGCAGUCCGACUCGGGCCAGUCCACGGUGGUCCAGGUGUCCAAGGCGCUGGUCCUGAUCGGCGCCCACCCCAACCUGUCCUUCCUUGCCGACGACGGGCGCCCGCUGGGCGUGCGGCCCGACGAGCCGGUCACGUGCCGCAGGAACCCCGUGGACGUUGACCCCUACACCAACGCGGUGCUGGCGGCGGAGGGCCCGGGCCUGUACGCCAUGGGGCCGCUGGUGGGGGAGAACUUUGUCAGGUUCCUGAAGGGAGGGGCCCUGGCCAUCGCCAGCGACCUGGCCAAGAGACACAGGCGGGGCGGGGACACGGGGGAGGGGCUCAUGUCCUCGGACAGACUGGCGGACAAGUGGGUGGACAGACAGACCGUCUUUUAUUCCUGAUGUCAUCCACCAACUACCAUCUUUGUGCUCAGCAGCUAAUGAAGGACCAACUGGAACAACCUCAUCAAGAUCAACUUUAUUCUUAUUUACACUUUUUCACCAGACCAAAGUCCACGCUAUUGAUUAUUGACUUUUUAUUAGCAGCAUCACACACAAGUCCUCUCCCAGCAGGCACCACACAUUGAAACUGCUCCAAUUCUGUCCUGACGUUGAGCAACUCAAACACAAGGUUGAAACAACAUGCUUUUUCACAACGUUUAAUCAAUGUUGGCUUCUGACAUGAUUUGACCACUGAACGUUGCUCAUUUCCCAACCAACAACGUGGAUCCAACGUUGAACAUCAACGUUCGUCGGCUAUUUUUCAACGUUGUUUCAAAGUCAGUUUUAAAGGACACGUACGUUGUAUCAAUGUCUUGUGCCCGCUAGGUAAGCACUGUGUUUGGAAAGUACACUAAUAAGAUACUUAAUGCAGAACAUUCUAUGUCAUUAAAAUUGUACUACUAAUUAUGAUGAAUAUUUUAUUAAUCUUAUAAAGUAGGGGUGUCCAAAAUGCGCGCAGGGGGUCACUUGUGGCCCACGGCUUGUUUUUUUAUUGGCCCGCGACACAUUCUGAAGACAAACCUAACAAAAACUACAAUAUGCCAUUUUGAGAGAAACAGCAUUGUGGAUGCUAAUGUUAGCAUGCUAACAGUUAAAAUACAUCAGCAAUAUAUGACCGUGAAGCGUAUGCAUGUAAAAUUAGCUGAAAAAAAAAAGUUGCUAGCAUGUGUCCAGUACUCUGAGGCAUUGGGCUGCAAAAUCCCAGCAGGGUAAUGUUAGCAAUAUGCUAACAGUUAACGUGUGUCCAGUACCAGGUUAUAUGACUGAAAUUUGACAUUGGCUGAAAAAUGUUAGCAUGGUAAUGUUAGCUAACAGUUAGCAUGUGUCAAGUACCAGGUUAUAUAACUGAGGCAUUCGGCUGCAAAAUUGGCUACAAACUUUAAUGCUAGCAUGCUAAAUUACUUAAUUCCAGGCAGAUUUGAUGCUGAUAACACAAAGGUCAGAUUGGAUGUCCUGUUUAGGAUCUAUUAGUAGACCUUUAUUGUUUAGUUAACGUACCGCAGUCUUCAGUUUUUAUGUUUGCGGCCCUCGCCGGAAAAAGUUUGGACACCCCUGUUGCAAAGGUUACUGAUUGUCGUUAUUAUUUGAUCACUUUGUACAUUUCAGCGGCUGUCCUAUCAAGACUUGACUUCUUCCUGUCGCUUUUUUCUCCUGAAAGAAUCAAGCAGGAAAUGCUCUGUGACCUCAAUGACCUUGAACUAGAAGGUAAACAAUGUCGGACUGAAGGACACUUAAUGAUUCAUUUCACUUUCUCAUCAUUCCGACACGUGAACCCAACCAACACUUGAUUUGACCUUGUAUUUAACUUUGUUUUGUUUUGUUUGAUCCAAUCCCUCGGCCAGCUGUGCCUUUCAUGGCGUGCAUCAUGUCAACCAAUCAUUUCGCUUUUUCUUUUAAUGUACUGUAUUGAUUGGUCAGAUGUAUGUGCUGCUCAUGUCACUUCCCAAUAAAAUGCUCAUUUCAUGA